CAUCAUCUGAUCUGAGCCUAUUGCACUGCACGCAAGAACUUCUUCUCUUCACUCUUCAUCCUCCUAUAUUAACCCCACAAAGAAAGAGCCAAAAAGAUCAGACUCGAAAUAUGGUAAAGGACAGGAAAAUAGGGGUGGCAAUCGACUUCUCAAAGAGCAGUAAGUUGGCACUGCAAUGGGCUAUCGAAAAUUUGGCUGAUAAAGGUGACACCUUCUUCGUCAUCCAUGUCAACUCUCAUCAUCCGGACGAGUCUCGCAAUCAGCUUUGGUCCCAAUCUGGUUCACCUCUUAUUCCAUUAGUUGAGUUCCGGGAGCCGGAGGUGAUGAAACAAUAUGGAGUCAAGACCGAUAUUGAAGUUCUUGACAUGCUCGACACUGCUGCCCGGCAGAAAGAGAUAAUCACCGUCUGGAAAUUAUACUGGGGAGAUGCCAGAGAGAAGCUUUGCCAGGCUGUUGAAGAUUUGAAGCUGGAUUCUAUGGUGAUGGGUAGCAGGGGAUUGAGCUCCAUCCGAAGGAUAAUAUUGGGAAGCGUGACAGACUAUUUGCUUGCCAACGCGACCUGCCCCGUUACUGUGGUAAAGGAUCCAGAUCUUCACAGGCAUUGAUUUCAGAAGCUUUAAUGAAAAAAUCGCCUACUUUGCGUUUAUAGUUUGGUAAAUCACCUAUGAGGAUUCAUCAACUACCAGAAACUUAUUCAGCUUUUUAUGAUACUUGGGUUGUGGUUUUCAGUAGUUACUGUGGACUGUUGGCAACAAUAAUACUCGGUAUGAUACUUUCUUAUGCCUAAAAUCUCCAUCCAGUCAGCUUCAGCGUAAAUGCCUAAUUGAACCUC